AGAGAGGCUGAGGAGAUGCUGGCUGGCGCGGCCAGCAGGCGGCCAGCCACGCAGGCAGGCGUAGGGCUCGGCGUGGCCUGGGACCGCUGCACACCCGGCCUUCGCGCGGGGCCAAGGCGCCUGGGUGGGACCGAGGAGGCGGGGCCUUCCUGGCGGAAGGGUGAUGGACAGCCUGUCUUUCCAAUUGCGUCCUUGAAAGGGAGCAGGCAGGCCAAUGAGCGGACAGCGAGGGCCGAAGCGGGGCUGAGGCUAGGGUGCAGAGCUGGCGAGCCGUGGCUGGGGCCGGAGUGGGGAACGCAGCGUGGAGGUGCCACCCGGUGUGGGUGGCGGAGAGAUCAGAACCUUCUUCCCCAAGCGGAGCCAACCUCAGGGGGGACCGGGGCUCAAGGACGCUGCGGCGGCGACUGCAGCGGCUGGACCAUGGCAGCGCCCGCCGGAGCCUGGGCGGUGAUUGCAGCUCCAGACAGGAGGCGCUGGCCGUGGUCGGUGCUGACGGCGGCUCUCGGGCUCCUGAUAGCUGGAGUAUCAGCCUUGGAAGUAUAUACACCAAAAGAAAUCUUCGUGGCAAAUGGUACACAAGGGAAGCUGACCUGCAAGUUCAAGUCUACGAAUACCACUGGCAGGUUGACCUCAGUCUCCUGGAGCUUCCAGCCAGAGGGGGCUGACAUGGCCGUGUCGUUUUUCCACUAUUCCCAAGGGAAUGCGUACCCUGGGAAUUAUCCACCAUUUAAAGACAGAACCAACUGGGCUGGAGACCUUGACAAGAAAGAUGCAUCAAUCUACAUAGAAAACAUGCAGUUUAUACACAAUGGCACCUAUAUCUGUGAUGUCAAAAACCCUCCUGACAUCGUUGCCCAGCCUGGACACAUUAGGCUCUAUGUCAUAGAAAAAGAGAGUUUGCCUGUGUUUCCAGUUUGGGUAGUGGUGGGCAUAGUUACUGCUGUGGUCGUAGGUCUCAUUCUGCUCAUCAGCAUGAUUCUGGCUGUCCUCUAUAGAAGGAAAAACUCUAAACGGGAUUACACUGGCUGCAGUACAUCAGAGAGUUUGUCACCAGUUAAGCAGGCUCCUCGGAAGUCCCCCUCCGACACUGAGGGUCUUGUAAAGAGUCUGCCUUCUGGAUCUCACCAGGGCCCAGUCAUAUAUGCGCAGUUAGACCACUCCGGCGGACAUCACAGUGACAAGAUUAACAAGUCAGAGUCUGUGGUGUAUGCGGAUAUCCGGAAAAAUUAAGAGAAGACCUAGAACAUAUCCUCAGCAAGAAACAAAACCAAACUGGACUCUGGUGCAGAAAAUGUAGCCCAUUACCACAUGUAGCCUUGGAGACCCAGGCAAGGACAAGUACAUGUGUGCUCACAGAGGGAGAGAAAGAUGUGUACAAAGGAUAGGUAUAAAUAUUCUAUUUAAUCUUCCUGAUGUGAGGAGCCAAUGUUGCAUGAUGAAAAGAUGGUAUGAUUCUACAUAUGUACCUAUUGUCUUGCUGUUUUUGUACUUUAUUUUCAGGUCAUUUACACUUGGGAGAUUUCAGAAACAUUCCUAUCACCAUCAUUUAGAAAUGGUUUGCCUUAAUGGAGAGAGUGGCAGAUCCUGUAGUAUUUCCAGUAGACAUGGCCUUUUAAUCUAAGGGCUUAAUCAGUCGUAGCCUUUAUUGUAGUUGGAUGGCGAUGCUAUGAUGGACGCAUAUCCUGGGUGGCCUUUAACACAGGGUCAGCACCAUUUAUUUGUUUGCAGCUUUUUAAAAAUACCUGUUGGCUAUGCCAGUUGAAAACAAUUCGAGAAGUUUUGUUGAUGUUUUUCUCACUAAAAUAUAGAGCAAUUGUUAGCCUUACAUGUUGUAUAGACUAAACUGCACCCUUGAAAUGUGUCGUAUCAAUCUGUGGAUUCGUAAUAGCAAGAUUAGCAAAGGAUAAAUGCCAAAGGUUACUUGAUUCUGGAUACCUUUAGAUCAAUACUGAUUAAGUAGAAAAUCCAAGCUUUGCUUGAGAACUACUGUAAUGUGGAGAGUAAAAGGUAUUGGUUUUAUUCUUUGCUGAUGUCUUUUCAGCUUGAAAUAGCAGUCCCCAUACAGCUAAAGGAGAGGAGUUUCUUUCCUUCUAAGUAGGAGAGAUGGGAUCAUUAUAUUGCUACUCUGCAAUAUCCCAGAGCUCACUCUUUAGAGAAUCACCUUCUUUCACUUUUUUUUUUUCAGGUAGAGUCUCACUAUGUUGCCCAGACUAGCCUUGAACUCUUGGGCUCAAGUGAUUCUCCCUCCUCAGCCUCCCGAGUAGCUGGAACUAUAGGUGCACCUCUGUGCCUGGCAAGAAUCACCUUCUUUUUUUUUUUUUUGAGACAGUCUUGCUGUGUUACCAGGCUGGAGCUGGAGUGCAGUGGCACAGUCUCGGCUCACUGCAACCUCCACCUCCCAGGUUCAAGCAAAUGAUUCCCCUGCCUCAGCCUCCUGAGUAGCUGGGACUACAGGCGCACAUCACCAUGCCCAGCUAAUUUUUUGUAUUUUAGUAGAGACGGGGUUUCACCAUGUUGGCCAGGAUGGUCUUGAUCUCCUGACCUCAGGUGAUCCACCUGCCUCGGCCUCCCAAAGUGUUGGGAUCACAGGUGUGAGCCACUGCGCCCCGCCAAAGAAUCACCUUCUUUAUAAAGCAUCAGUCAUGCUUCCAGCAAGAGGCGGCAUCCGUCAUGGCUUUAUAACAGCUUCAUGGUGCCUCAAAGACUAUUGAGGUUAACGAGAGCCUAGAUUAGACAGUUUGGCUGUCCUUCCCUAAAACUUCUUUUCUCCCAUUCACUAACCCCCACCCCACUUAGAAUCGAUGAGUUUUUACUUUUUACUGGGAAUGGAAAGCAUGAUAAAGAUCAUUAAACACUUAUGUUGUCAUUUCUCCCAUUUUCUUUUAAAAAUCCCCCCUUUUAAAAUUGUCCUAAAACCCACAGUUAUGGAAAGAAUCGUGUCUAGCUGGUCUGUAGAACGUGUUUGGGGUAAGUGGCAGCAAGGGGUAAUGUUACUUUUCCUCCCCUCUAGUUUGGAGCCCACUCUGAGCUGCUGCUUUUUCUUCUCAUCUUGUCAUCUCCUGGGUAUGUCUGAAGGCUGAGUUGUAAGAGAAUCCAUAAAGGGAAUAAAACACGAUUGAGAUUUCAAGGUGUGCACAAGGUGAUAAGAUAAAGGGCAUAUGAGCAUUAGAAUGAACUCUGUCCCACCUCUGAGGCCUUUUGUGUUUUGAGGAACUGUUUUUGUUUAUUCCUAUAAUGCUCCACCUUAACAUACCACAUCUGUGUGAGUCAGUGGGGAUCAGGUUUUGUCACCACACACAUCUUCGGGAGCUGGGCAGCGUCUGCUCUGUGUUCUGUGUGGAAUGGAGAAAAAUAUGCCUGCUCUGCCACCUUCCAUGUUCACAGGCCCAGCCCGAGAGAGUGACGCACAGCGACAUACUGCUAGACAUUUCCAGAGUGGUCAACUCUGCCUUGCAUCCUCAAACUUUUCAGGCAUCUGUUUUGAAAACUAUAGGAGCCUUUGGAAGGCCUUUUAUGUGUGUUAGGAGGGGAAGGGUGUUGAGACUGCCACCGUCCUUCAAGCUGAGACCCCGGUGAGCCUCUGCCACUGUGAGAACCACACAGCUGACCAAGGCUGUGCUUGAGGUACAGAGGACACACAUAUAGACGGGCCUGUGUCAUGUUUCCUCACAGUUGUUUUUUUACAGAGGAAAGGGGCAUUGUUUUUUCACUUCUUUCUCAGCAGUUUCUUUGAAUAAACUAAACAUUUCUGAGCUCCCUGAGAGCAAGAGCCCUCACUUCUUGUGGUGCUGGGACCAUGUGUUGGUGAAGCCUUGGCCUCCUGCCCAACCAGACACCUCAAACUCUGUCAGUGCCCUGGCAUUCUGGCAGAGAAUCCUUACCAGUUUUCACUAACCUUCUCCCCAGGCAAGGGCAGCUGCCAGCAUGGUGCUCUGCCAGGACGGGUUUUCCUGAAGGAAGCCACUCACACUGAGAUGGGCCUCUUUCCAAGCCCUGCACACCUGCCCCUGCGGCCCUUUUUCCUGUGCUUCAGCGCUCCUUGCCUGGCUGUAGAUAACAAACUAGGGUUGCCCAAAGGGCGGAUCUGCCCCCGCCCACCAUGUCUUCAUCUUGGCAAAACGAGUCCUUUUAAAAUUAUGUGCUAAUUCUGUAUGGGAGCAUGCAAAAGGCAUUACUUAGAGAUUGAAAUUCCAAACUAUCUAGUUUUUCAAUGGAACUGUAUCAGCUAGGGAAAAACCAUCAAGCUCGUUAUUAUUUUUUGAUCUUCAGUUGUAUUUUUAUGAAUAUUUUAAUACAUCUUUUUCAGUUUCUGGA